GGAUAUUUGUAAUAAUAACAAAAAGAUAACAUUAUACAAAAAAAGUUUCAAAUAGAGGUUUUUUGUUAAUUUAGUGCAUAAUGAGUUCUGCAACGGUGACGAAGUUGAGUUUACCUGGCUGGAGAAUAGAACCUCGAUACAAUAAUCAUGUUUUGAUUGGAAACUGGAACGAGGAGUGUAGAAAUUUUCGUCAUGGAGAAAGUUACUACAACAGCACUAAUAGAGCUGACUUUAAAAAUUAUGGCAAUGUUAAGCCUGACACGAAGAUUCGAAGAGCUUGUUUCAUACGUAAUGAGGGGAUAGGAAAAAAAUAUAUAUUCAACCAUCAUGACCAACUCUAUAAAGGAAACCACAUCACUUGGUAUGACCAACAUUACAAUAAACGUGAACUCAAUGAAUCCAAGUUACCACCCUUGAGAAAAUGGGAUGGAAAAAGGCUUGCAUAUUUCCCAGAGAAGUCAGACUUUCCAUUACAAGGUAAACCAAGAAAUUAUGGAUUAAAUGAAACUCUAUUGAAGAAAUGGAAAGAACAAGAAUUGUUUGAAAGCAUUGGUCAAUUUGCCACAACUUAUAAAAUUUCAUUUUCCACGGAGCAACCAGUUGUCAUGAAUACAGGAAAUAAAGCAGUUCUAAAGUCAACACCUCAAAGAUGGUCAAGCAAACUUCAUCCACAUCAAAUCAAUAAAAAUCUUUAUUUACGUGAAAUGCAAUAUAACACUUCUCCAGAACGUUGUGAACCAUGUUCAGUUUAGUUUUUAUAAAUUAAAUAAAAAUACUGUCA